AUGCCGCCCCCGUCCCUCCUGCUCCUCCACUCCCGCGCCCCGCUUCAGCCUCGCUCCUUCAGGAUGAACUCCCGGGCAGCUCCGAGCAGGGUCGUCGUCUGCUCCGUCGCGUCCGCCGGGGGGUUCAUCUCCGCAGCACCGAUCCUCCUUCCCGAGGGCCCUUGGAAGCAGGUAGAAGGCGGCGUUACUGCCGCGAAGGGGUUCAAGGCGGCGGGCAUCUAUGGUGGGUUGCGUGCCAAGGGCGAGAAGCCUGACUUGGCACUGGUCGCCUGCGACGUCGACGCAACUGUAGCAGGAACAUUUACAACAAACGUUGUUGCCGCUGCACCUGUUUUGUAUUGCAAGCAUGUCCUUAGCACAUCGAAAAUAGGUCGUGCUGUGUUAAUUAAUGCUGGACAAGCAAAUGCUGCAACUGGUGAUCUUGGCUAUCAGGAUGCAGUGGAUAGUGCAGAUGCUGUUGCCAAGCUUCUCAAUGUGAGCACAGAUAACAUACUGAUUCAGUCUACUGGUGUCAUUGGUCAAAGGAUAAAGAAGGAGGCACUUUUAAAUUCGCUACCUAGACUUGUGGGCUCGCUGUCUUCUUCAGUUCAGGGUGCGAAUUCUGCUGCUGUGGCCAUUACAACUACAGACCUUGUUAGCAAGAGCAUUGCUGUCCAGACUGAGAUUGGAGGAGUGGCUAUCAGAAUAGGUGGAAUGGCUAAAGGUUCUGGAAUGAUUCACCCAAAUAUGGCAACAAUGCUCGGUGUUUUAACCACAGAUGCUCAAGUCAGCAGUGAUGUCUGGAGAGAAAUGGUCCGGACAUCAGUGAGUAGAAGUUUCAACCAAAUUACAGUGGAUGGUGAUACUAGUACCAAUGACUGUGUUAUUGCUAUGGCAAGUGGGUUGUCUGGUUUAUCUGGAAUUCAAAGUCUUGAUAGCACUGAGGCUCAACAGUUCCAAGCUUGCCUAGAUGCAGUAAUGCAAGGUCUUGCGAAAUCCAUAGCAUGGGAUGGUGAGGGUGCAACAUGCCUAAUUGAGGUUACUGUAAGUGGCGCCAACAGUGAGGCAGAAGCUGCUAAAAUUGCUCGUUCAGUAGCAUCUUCUUCUCUGGUUAAAGCCGCUGUGUUUGGAAGAGACCCAAAUUGGGGACGAAUUGCUUGCUCAGUUGGCUAUUCAGGCAUUCAAUUUGACGCAAAUCGACUUGAUAUUUCUCUGGGAGUUAUUCCACUAAUGAAAAAUGGCCAACCACUCCCCUUUGACAGAUCCGCAGCUAGCAGGUAUCUCAAAGAUGCUGGAGAUGCCCAUGGUACAGUGAACAUUGAUAUAUCAGUUGGGAGUGGAGGAGGAAAUGGAAAGGCAUGGGGCUGUGAUCUGAGCUACAAAUAUGUUGAAAUAAAUGCUGAAUAUACGACGUGA